UGAAGCCUACCGGCCCAGUUAUCCCUGAGACUCCAUUCCCCAGCAAGCUCAGCGUUCAGCGUGCGCUAUGGAGCCGCGAGUCGCUGAGCUGAAGCAGAAGAUAGAGGACACCUUGUGUCCUUUUGGCUUCGAGGUUUACCCCUUCCAGGUGGCAUGGUACAAUGAACUCCUGCCUCCAGCCUUCCACUUACCGUUCCCAGGACCAACUCUGGCCUUCCUUGUACUCAGCAUACCAGCCAUGUUUGACAAAGCUCUCAAGCCCUUCUUGCAGAGCUGCCACCUCCGACCACUGACAGACCCCGUGGAUCAGUGUGUGUCCUAUCACCUGAGGCGUGUUACAGAGAGGUUUCCAGAACUACAGAUGGAAAUCAUUGCUGACUACGAGUUACAUCCUAACCGGCGCCCUAAGAUUCUAGCCCAGACAGCAGCCCAUGUGGCAGGUGCUGCGUAUUACUACCAACGACAAGAUGUGGAUGCUGAUCCCUGGGGGACCAAGCACAUAACAGGUGUGUGCAUACACCCCCGAUUUGGAGGCUGGUUUGCAAUCAGAGGGGUCAUGUUGCUUCCAGGAAUUGAAGUGCCAAAUCUGCUACCCAGAAAGCCCCUCGACUGUGUGCCUACAAGAGCUGACCGCAUCACUCUGCUUGAAGGCUUCAAUUUCCAUUGGCAAGACUGGACUUACCGGGAUGUUGUAACUCCCGAGGAACGUUACUCAGAAGAACAGAAGACCUACUUUUCCACCCCACCUGCUCAACGUUUAGCUCUAUUAGGCUUGGCCCAGCCCUCAGGGCCCUUUAGCACUAUACCCUCUGAGUUUCCCCUUUCCAAGCUUACCAAGCCACAAAAUCCCAGCAGAGUACAAAGCUGGCUCCACCCCAGUGUCUCGCCACCUGAAUCCCCUGGCCCUUGAUACCUUCUUCCCUAUGGGCUACCUCUUAUGGUGGUAGGAUUUGUUUUAUUUUAGAUACCACUUCUUGAUGACAGAUCUUCAAAGAGUAAGACUCAAGUUAUAUUUGGUUGAGACAAGUCAAAUACUAAGGCAGACAGAAAAUUGCCACUUGCCUUCGACUAUCACCUUUUUUCUGUGUAGUGCUCCAAGGUACUAUUUAUUUAGAAGACUUGAGAGGCAACCACCCUUUAAAUGGCACCUACCACACAGGGCCUGUGCAGUUAACCACUUUGAAACUGCAUGACAUAUAGUAAGUGGUGUGUUAUUACUGAAGGGCCUAAAAUCAUACUGCUGCUCAGAGAGAUCUGAUCUGAGUUCUGGAAGACUGAAAAGCCAUGAUGGCACAGAAUUAAGAUUGCCCUAACCUCAAGAACCCUGAAGAAUUGAGUCAAAAAGGACUGUCUAAUCAUAGCUAGAAUGCAACAGGUUGAAUAUAAUCCAUAUCCAAAGCCA